UCGCUGUGGCUGUGGCCAAACCGCAAGGGCUAUGGUGCAGCAGCCGGCCAACAGCAACAGGCUUACGGAGGCCAAGCUGGACAGCAGCAGCAACAACAGGGUUACGGAGCUCCAUCCGGAGCUGCUCAACAGCAACAAGGUUAUGGUGCUCAAGUUUCUGCUAGCACUGGAGCUGGACAGGGUUACGGUGCUCAAAAUGCAGUUGCCCAGCAGCAACAAGGCUAUGGCUCUCAGGUCUCAGCAGUAGCUGGAGCUGGACAAAACUACGGAGCUCAGUCUGGUGCAGCCCAACAACAACAGGGUUACGGUGUUCAAGCCUCUGCUAGCGCCGGAGCUGGACAAGGUUAUGGUGCCCAAAAUGGAGCUGCCCAGCAGCAACAAGGCUAUGGGGCUCAGGCCGCAGCUGGAGCUGGACAAGGUUACGGUUCACAAAUCGGAGGUGCCCAGCAGGGUUAUGGCGCAUCCAACACUCAGCAGAAACCGGCUAGUACUUACAACAGCAAUGGCAGCGGAAACAAACCUUCUGCUUCUGCUUCAUCCUACGCACAGGAGCAACCCCCGAUGCCAUACGAAUUCGCCUGGGUCGUCAAGGAUGAGCCAACCAAGAACGACUACGCUCAUGAAACUAAGAGCGACGGCAAAGUUGUGACCGGAUCUUACCGCGUUCUUCUUCCCGAUGGCCGCACUCAAAUCGUUUCCUACCGCUCUGAUGAGAACGGUUACGUCGCUGACGUGAAAUACGAAGGUGAGGCUCAAUUCCCCGCACCAUCCAGUGGUAGCGGAAACUACGGAAAUGGAUCUGGAAACGGAGGCAACAAUUAUGGCAGCAAUGCGAAUGGCAGCGGAGCCAACAGCUACGGAAACGUGAAUGCCCAACCGAACAGUCCCAAGCCCAUUGCUUCAUAUUAAACAUUGAAAAUAAGAGUCUUGUAUCAUGAUAACGCUUAUUAUUUUUCUAUGAAUCAUGAUGAUAUUCGAAUAAAGUUUCUAAUUAUAUAACGAA